GCUAGAGCUCGAGCGUACUGUAUUAUCCGGUCGUUCGAUUUUGAGUAUACUACUUGCGCUUCAGCUGGCCUUUUCUUUCCUCUCUGUUGUUUUUAGCCCCUUAACUUUAAUAAAAAAACUGCUUAACUUAAGCAACACUGUUCACACCCAAUUUUUUCUUUUUUUGCACGAUCACGCUUUUGAGUAUCUUGCACCACAAUAAAAAAAAUAUGUUUCUUUAUUUUUUUAUGAUUUUUUACUGUUCACCAGAUGCAGACGAGCCCGGCACCGAAUUGAAUUUUCGCUUUUCUAUCCUCUCUUUGUUUUCAUUCUCUCCAAUCUCUAGCAAUGGCAUUUUGUCACCAUCUCUUAAAUGCCACUGUUUCAACUAAUAAAUUGGAAAAAAUUCCACACGAUGUUUAGCAUUUUGUUUGUUUGCUCCCUUGUUUUGUUGAACUAUUUUUUCCUAGUUGAAAAACUUCACAAGCAUCUUCGAGUAUUUUUUUUAGAUCUUUGAUGUCAUUACGGCCAAAUCCACUUUUAUUUUUGCGGGGGUACGGCCAAAUCCACUUUGAUUACCAGCUUUCCACGUUAUCAUGUCUCACCGCUAUAGUAAAGUAGCUUCUGCAGUUUGCAUGCAUCUAUUCGUCCUUUCAUUUUUUAUUGCCUCCAUUUCGACCGACAGCAGGUCCCUAUCGGCCGACCUCUCAACAGCGACCUCUCACCAGUCACCCUUGGCACGACGGUCCACCCAACUGGACAACCACUCAGCCUAUAUAAAAAAUCAACCUGAUCGAGAAGACAACAAAGAAAAGUGGAAGAAGAAGAAGCUCAAGCUAGCUAGACAACAGGAAGAGCACCCAAGAAAACCACAAGGAUCACCAACGAGAUGCAGCAAGCGAAGGUGAAGGUGAAGGACGGCUCGAGCGCGCUGAGGGCCAAGGCGAAGAUCGCGUGGGCCAAGCUGGCGGAGAAGGUGGAGGCGGCGACGUCGAGGUCGCACGACGAGCGGAAGCUGGCGCACGAGCGCGGCAGGGCCAAGGUUGCCGCCGCCGAGGCGCAGCUGCACCGUGAGAAGGUGGCGCACCGCGAGGCGGCCAUGGAGCACCGCCUCCACAAGCACGCCGGCGUGGGCGGCCACAACCACAAGCACGACGCCGGUGGCGUGCACUGAGGCGUGGCGCGUCUAGGGAGCCUGCCAACGUGUGAUUUCCUCUAUUCUUUUCACUUGUGUACUGUUACAUACGUGUGUCGUGGUUAUUUGGUCAAGUUAUAUCUGGAGUGCCAUGUGAAUUAUUGACGUUAUGGACGUUUUCAUGAUUGACUAA